AUGUCUGUGUUUGUGUGUUAUUUUUUGUCCAGCAAGAUGAAGGGGGUGAUGUCCUGCAGGACCUAGCACAACAUGUAAGGAAAAUCGUUGUGUACUAACCUGGGAUAUUUACGUUAAGGAUUAUGUUUACCAAUAGAUGACAGUAUUGACUCAAUACGGGGUUUGCUUUCCGCUAUCCGUCGCCGUUUAAAUGUCUGACAUAUAACCGUGUUCGAGAAAACCACCGGUAGCGUAAUGUAUUUCAGCAGAUUUUGUGCGUUUCUGUGUGAAAAGACACAAAUUGAUGUGCUACUUAAUUCGUGCGAAAAGACACCAAUUUAACCAGUAGGCUACACACAACAACCAUAAACGGAUAGCAUAUUUUUCUUUAUUUUCUUUAUUAUGGCUAAUUAAAUGUUAUGAAUAUACAGAAAUGUGUUGUCUGUAUUUAAUGUUUCAGACAUUGUAGUUGUAUGCCUAUGUACUGUUUGAGAUUUUCUGAACAUCAUUUGUGAGAAAAUACACACAUUUAUGUGCAACUUAAUUCGUGAGAAAAAUUGUUUUAUUAAUGCUAAUGAUGUUUUCUAUGUUUGAUUUCGAUUAAUACUUUGGGAUACUGGUGCACUUUUGGUCAGAAAGGCCCCUUUUUCGUGUAGGCAACAGUACACGAUUUUCUUCAUAAUGCAUUUCAUAUUUCGUAGAGCCUAAAUUACACAAUUUUCUUAAUAAUUCAUUUAAUACAUGUUAAAGAGGUUAAUGUAAAAAUAAUGAAAUACGUCAGCUUUCACUUAUGGCACUUCCAAGGCCUUUCUAAUAUGGUUAUGUCAAUCAUAUUAUAUUAUAUACUUAGGCUAUUGUAAUGCGUUCAACCAGUUAGCAAGUCAGAAAUGUCCGUUUCCUAGUACCGACUAGCACUUGAAUGCUGUAUUAUGCCAACUUCACAUUCUCGUGGAAAAUGGGAAGUUGUAACUCCGACAUGAUUGUGUUCAAGUGGUUUUGAAGUCGGAACAAUUCUUAAACCAAUAAGAUUGGCAACAACAUUUUCACUAUUUCUCACUUGUAAUUCCUACUUGGAGGGUCAUUCAAGUGAAACUUCCUAGUCGGAACUAGGUAUUUCCGAUAACUCUGAUAGCACCCUGAACGCGACAUUAAUGUGUGUGAUCGACAACAGUAGGGUCUGGGUCCCGGCGUGUCCAGUCCCCAUACACAUUCCAUAGGAGUGAGUGUCAGUAGUCUACUAUAUGUCCGUGCUAUGUGAAGUAAGUAUGGUGAUUAUUAUUAAGGUUCUGGUCGUCUGAGAUACCAACAAGUAAGGCUAUACAACAUACAAUAUCAAUUAAUACAAUGGGGAAAAAAAGUAUUUAGUCAGCCACCAAUUGUGCAAGUUCUCCCACUUAAAAAGAUGAGAGAGGCCUGUAAUUUUCAUCAUAGGUACUCGUCAACUAUGACAGACAAAAUGAGAAAAAAUAAUCCAGAAAAUCACAUUGUAGGAUUUUUAAUAAAUUUAUUGGCAAAUGAUGGUGGAAAAUAAGUAUUUGGUCAAUAACAAAAGUUUCUCAAUACUUUGUUAUAUACCCUUUGUUGGCAAUGACACAGGUCAAACGUUUUCUGUAAGUCUUCACAAGGUUUUCACCAACUGUUGCUUGUAUUUUGGCCCAUUCCUCCAUGCAGAUCUCCUCUAGAGCAGUGAUGUUUUGGGGCUGUCGCUGGGCAACACAGACUUUCAACUCCCUCCAAAGAUUUUCUAUGGGGUUGAGAUCUGGAGACUGGCUAGGCCACUCCAGGACCUUGAAAUGCUUCUUACGAAGCCACUCCUUCGUUGCCCGGGCAGUGUGUUUGGGAUCAUUGUCAUGCUGAAAGACCCAGCCACGUUUCAUCUUCAAUGCCCUUGCUAAUGGAAGGAGGUUUUCACUCAAAAUCUCACGAUACAUGGCCCCAUUCAUUCUUUCCUUUACACGGAUCAGUCGUCCUGGUCCCUUUGCAGAAAAACAGCCCAAAAGCAUGAUGUUUCCACCCCCAUGCUUCACAGUAGGUAUGGUGUUCUUUGGAUGCAACUCAGCAUUCUUUGUCCUCCAAACAUGACGAGUUGAGUUUUUACCAAAAAGUUAUAUUUUGGUUUUAUCUGACCAUAUGACAUUCUCCCAAUCCUCUUCUGGAUCAUCCAAAUGCACUUCAGACGGGCCUGGACAUGUACUGGCUUAAGCAGGGGGACACGUCUCGCACUGCAGGAUUUGAGUCCCUGGCGGCGUAGUGUGUUACUGAUGGUAGGCUUUGUUACUUUGGUCCCAGCUCUCUGCAGGUCAUUCACUAGGUCCCCCCGUGUGGUUCUAUGAUUUUUGCUCACCGUUCUUGUGAUCAUUUUGACCCCACGGGGUGAGAUCUUGCGUGGAGCCCCAGAUAGAGGGAGAUUAUCAGUGGUCUUGUAUGUCUUCCAUUUCCUAAAAAUUGCUCCCACAGUUGAUUUCUUCAAACCAAGCUGCUUACCUAUUGCAGAUUCAGUCUUCCCAGACUGGUGCAAGUCUACAAUUUUGUUUCUGGUGUCCUUUGACAGCUCUUUGGUCUUGGCCAUUGUGGAGUUUGGAGUGUGACUGUUUGAGGUUGUGGACAGGUGUCUUUUAUACUGAUAACAAGUUCAAACAGGUGCCAUUAAUACAGGUAACGAGUGGAGGACAGAGGAGCCUCUUAAAGAAGAAGUUACAGGUCUGUGAGAGCCAGAAAUCUUGCUUGUUUGUAGGUGACCAAAUACUCAUUUUCCACCAUAAUUUGCAAAUAAAUUCAAUAAAAAUCCUACAAUGGGAUUUUCUGGAUUUUUUUUUCUCAAUUUGUCUGUCAUAGUUGACGUGUACCUAUGAUGAAAAUUACAGGCCUCUCUCAUCUUUUUAAGUGGGAGAACUUGCACAAUUGGUGGCUGACUAAAUACUUUUUUUCCCCACUGUAUAUAUUUUCUCCUAUUAGUGUAUUUGAGUUUGUUCUGUCGUUUCUGGAUGAUUUAAUUGAAAUUGCAACCAACUUUCUAUGGCUUGUUUUAGAUAUAGUGAUAUUUGAGAGAUUAUUUCAUUUCAAAUAACUGAAAGUGAGAGGUUGUAAUUUGAAUAAAGGGGGGAAAUUCCAUUACUGAAUAUGUGGUGAUUAGAAAAGAUUUUACUCUUGACUUUGGCGAAUAUUAUCGCGCGGCAGUGUCCUAAUGCCUGCGCGCAGUGGACUAUUGGCAUCGUUUGCCAUAGCAGGCUGGCAUUAGAUUAGAACAUAAGAUUUCACUCUUGACUUCAGCGAUUAUUAAUUUGCAUAAAGGGCCGGCAGUGUACUUUUGCGCGCACAUUGUGCUUUUGCCUGUGCGCAGUGUGCAGUUGCAUCUGCGCAGUGUACUAUUGGCCUCGUUUGCCAUAGCAGGCUAGCAUUCAAUUAUAACACAAGAUUUCACUCUUGACUUUGGCGACAAUUAUUGCGUGUAAAGGCCGGCAAUGUUCUAUUGUUUUGGGCGCGCAGUGUAUUAUUGCGGGCGCACGCAAAGAGUAUUGUUUUUUGGCGUACUGUGUGUUUUAUGGGCGCGCAGUGUACUGUUUUGGGUGCGCGGUCAAAAAAAAUAGAGAAGCAAAGCAUCCCUUCCGAUAGCCGCCAGAGGAGGCCUCCGUAACGGGCCAAUCGGGGUGGUGGGGAGAUGGUUUCCAAUCAGCAGAUGCCACUGCCGGCUUUAUACAUUUCACAUGGGCAUUUCGAGGCUAUACUCCGACUGUCUAAGAAGGAAGCUAGCGCCAUGGCCAGAACCAAGCAAACCGCUCGCAAAUCCACCGGUGGCAAAGCCCCCAGGAAGCAGCUCGCCACUAAGGCUGCUCGCAAGCGUGCCCCGGCCACCGGCGGUGUGAAGAAGCCUCACCGUUACAGGCCCGGCACCGUGGCUCUGAGAGAGAUCCGUCGUUACCAGAAGUCCACUGAGCUACUCAUCCGCAAGCUGCCCUUCCAGCACCUGGUGAGAGAAAUCGCCCAGGACUUCAAGACCGACCUGCGCUUCCAGAGCUCCGCCGUGAUGGCCCUACAGGAGGCUAGCGAGGCUUACCUGGUCGGCCUGUUCGAGGACACCAACCUGUGCGCCAUCCACGCCAAGCGGGUGACCAUCAUGCCCAAGGACAUCCAGCUGGCCCGCCGUAUUCGCAGAGAGCGCGCAUAA